AAGAAGAAAGAGGAAAAGAGGCGGAGGAGGAGGACAGAUAUCAAAACCUUUCUCUCCAGACACUCUCUGGGAGAAUGGGUCGCAGUAAGGAGCUCAGUGACUUCCAGCGGGGCACUGUCAUCGGCUGCCACCUGUGCAAAAAGUCCGUGCGGGAGAUCUCCGCCAUGCUGGACCUGCCCCGGUCCACCGUGAGCUCCGUGAUCCUCAAGUGGAAACGCGGCGGGAUAACGACGGCGCUGCCCCGCUGCGGCCGACCGCACAAGCUCAAGGAGGAGCACCGCCAAGUGCUGGAGAGGGUCGCGCUGGAGACGUGCCUGCCCUCGGUGAAAGCGCUCACCGACGAGUUCCAAACCGCCUCCGGGGCCAGCGUGAGCUUCAGGACCGUCCGCCGGGAGCUGCACGAGAUGGGCUUCCGCGGCCGGGCGUCCAAGUACAGCGAGUCUAAAGGGGGAGGAAAGACGCACACGCCCCUCGGCCAAGAGGAUGCCCAGGUGGACGUGUCUCGUCUCGACUUGCGCGUUGGACGCAUCAUCACAGCCCUGCAGCUUCCAGAGGCGGAGAGUCUGUACGUGGAGCAGGUCGAUGUGGGAGAGGUUGCUCCCAGGACGGUGGUCAGCGAACUGGUGAAUCAUGUACCAGUUGAUCAGAUGCAGAACCGCAUGGCAGUCCUGCUCUGUAACCUGAAGCCAGCCAAGAUGUGGGGAGUUGUGUCCCAGGCUACGGUCAUGUGUGCCAGCUCGCAAGACAAGGUGGAAAUCCUUGAUCCUCCAAGUGGAGCGGCACCUGGAGACAGGGUGACUUUCCAGGGCUUCCCAGGUGAACCCGAUGAAGAGUUGGAUCACCAAAGUGAGGUCUGGGAGCGAAUUCAGCCAGACCUUCGCACGGACGGCCAGUGCGUCGCAACCUACAGGGGAGUUGCCUUUGAAGUUGUCGGCAAAGGAGUUUGCAAAUCCCAAACCAUGGGCGACAGUGAAAUCAAAUAAAGCAUCAUAACAGCUGAAAUUGCCGAGUCCAAAUCCAUGCAGCCAAAAUGAUGUGAAAAGCAAAGAGUGGAGGCCCAUGCAGCUCCAUCUAGAAGCGCACGGUUGUGGAAGGAGGUGUACAAAAAUCACAACAGGUACUUUUGUCGUGAAAGCCAAGGAAAAGGAUAGAGACACUUAUGUUGCCCUCUGUGGACAGAUAUGAGCAUUGGUGCUACUUUUUUUUUUUUUUACUUCUUACAAUGAAAAUCUGUAGUUUUUCAUUUUGCCAAGGGGGGGCACUACAGUAGCCAUGAUAAUGUACAGUGUGUGUGUGGGGAUUUGUGGAAGUGAGACAUGAGGCAAUGCAGUGCUCAGCACACAGUCAUAUCAAUCUUGAUGAGAAAGAAGAGGGAUGUAUGAUAGAACUUUAAAAGCUUUCCCCAUGCAAGUGGAGCGGUCAUUUCCACUGAACUGUGGGUCAAACUCGACAGUGCAAAAGUCCCAUCGAGAAAAAAAAGGGACACGUUCAGCUCAAAGGGGCUUAAGUUGCUCAUUGUCAUUCUGUUAUGACAGUUCUGUGUUUCUUCAGUUUGAGUCUGCCUCUUGCAGAUGAUGGAAAUGAUUCACUGUCAUGUGACGGUAUACACUGCCUGUUGAAUGUUUUUAUGUCGAAGGAUGUGUCCUAUGGAAUACAGUGUUAUAUGUGAGAUCCAGACAAUGGUCUCUUUGAUUAACCUGCAUUUGUUAAACUUGAAUUGAAGAUUUGCGUGUAAACAUGGAUGUUUUAUUCACGUUUGGAUCCCUCCUGCUCUUUCAAACUGUUACUCGGCUCUUGUUGUAAGAGGUUAGUUAAACCUUAACUUAUGUGUCCUACUUCAAGGACAACGUUUCUGUUUCUUCAGCUUCCAAUAUGACUGAUAAUAAGACUGCUUAUCGCCUAAGGCAAAAAAUAAUGAGUCGUCUUCGGCGGAUCAAACAAUAAUCCAAGAUGAUUUGGGUUUUAAAAGAGGCUCUCCUUGUUUUUUCACGUGAGGGGGGGGGGGGGGGGGCGAAAACCAAGUCCAUAAAAUACCCUCAAAAGAAAAACACGAACAGUCAGUGUUCUUCUUCCCUUAUUUUAAAGGGAGAAUCGAAAAAGAAAAAGAAAAACAAUGCAUGUAAAGAAUGGGGAUGUGAUUCAGGAACUAAGAAGUGGAACAGACUGUCCGAGACACGAUGUUGCUGGUAAUUGUUUGACAGAGCCGGGGGGCUGAGAGUAAUCGUAUUGCCCUUUACAUUUACAAUAAGUUCUAUUCUUCGCAUGUGAGUAAGCCAUACAUCUUCUCCCCUAGAGCCCAGAGAAGAUUAUAUCUCAUAUUUCUCAGAAAAAACACAAAUCACUCUGGUAGUGACUACCAUUCGUAAUGGUGUUUUUUUUUUUCCCUUUUCUGUUCCACUAAAUUCAACAGUGACAAGGAAAAAUAAUGUCAACCCUGUUUUCUGUGACGAUGUGAUCUGAUCUUAAUCUAAGUCAAGUGUAGAAGAACUCAAUGUAGCACACUAAUCAAUAUAAUCUUCCAUGUCUUUCAUGGAAUACACUGCUGGGGAAACAAACAGUGAAGUUCCUUCCACAGUCCUUCACCUUUGGAUGACGAACGAUGUUCCCGUGUUGGUGUGCGGUGCACCUUUUAUGCCAGAACACCGAAUUAUUCAAUCUUACUUUCAUCAGACCACAAAUAUUUUCCCAGCAGCAUAAUGAAGUGUCAAGAUGCCCCUAGGCAAACUUUUGCCUUACUUUGAUGGGAGUUUCUUUGUUUUUGUUUGUUGUAGAGCGUCGUGUCCUGCCAUGGACACCAGGCCGCAUGCAACCAUGCACCGUGAUUCACGUGUGGUCGGCCAAUGAACACAGAGGUUAACCAGCUCCAGUGAUUCCCUUGGCUGUUCCUCUGGACUUAUCUCUUUUUUUUUUACCUCAUUGAUCAUUCUGCGUCGCGCCAUUGGAGUCACGAUAGCCGGGGGCCCACUUGUAGCCACAGAACUAAAGAGUCUCUGUUUUUAGAAUUUGUCAAACUGUCAAACAUGAAAAUCAACAAUUAUCUUCAUCGCAAUUCCUGUGACAUCUUUUUUUUGGGGGGGGGCAAGAUAUCUGCAGAUGUUUCUUAUGGACUGUGUGUGUGUGUGUGUGUGUGUGUGUGUGUGUGUGUGUUAGCCUCACGUUUUGUUUUUUUCAAAUCUAAACUUUGAAUGAUUGAGUAAAUAUGGACGAGCGCAAUACUAUCAUUUCUUUAUGAUUAGUUAAAAUAGAUUGUUUGUUCAUGAUUCUAACUUGCAUAGAUGGGGAAAAACAAUUCUUGCAACUGUACAUUUUUGUUUGAAUGUUUCGAAAUGACAAAUGAGUUGUUUUCCUAAGAAAGAAGUUGAAAGGCAGACUCUGUUUUUGUUUUUUUUACUAAUACCACAGGCUGGUAUUUAUAAGAGCACUUAAAUAUUACACACCAUAGAGGAAACCAAACUGGAGAGAGUGGAGGCACUGUAAAGGUUCUUGACUCAUUUCCGUCCCUGCACCUGCAGUAAGAGCGUGUGUCGAGGAGUCAGUCCCGUAGGUGUGUGCAGCCUUUCGACUUGCUGUGGUUCCUCGGAGGGGAAAGUUUUCAUCAACAACCAGCUGAGUUCAGCCGAGUCGACCGAUGAACAAAGUGCCACCCCCACCUUUGUUUUGCAUCCUGUUUUUGAAAGACAACAGAGAGCAGGAAACCCAACAAAACAUGUUCACAUAAUGUGUCCUGAUCUCCCAGAAGUCAGAAGACACGAGACGGACUAAAUCCGCAGAACAACAUGUUACUUGGAAAACUGUACACACGUGUACUGAGGAGAACUGAUGCUGUUUUUAAGGUCAAAUGAUAAUUUGAUUAUGUUUUUUUUCCUUCUUUUAAAAGAAAUGUUUACUGCACUUUGUAGUUUAUUGAUAUCUAAAAACUAUUCAUGGCAUUUGAAAGCAUUCUCCUUUUGGCUUUUAGAGCCUUAAACAACGGAGAAACUUUAUGAAUAAAAAGAAAAGGAAAACAAG